AUAUACAUGAAGUAUUAUCCAAUAUAAACUUCUAUGAGAAUAAUGAUUAUGAUAAAGAAUUGAUUGAUGAAAAAAGAUCUGUGAAUGACAAAGACAUACAAGAUAAUUUUAUGUUACCAGAAAAAGAAUUAUUUAAAAUUGAAGAGUUAUUAAAUCUUGAUAUAACUGAUUUUAUAGAUAGUUUGGGUGAAAUAAUUAUUGAUACUAAUUUUGAAUUUCUUGAAGAAAAUAUUGGUCAGAAUAAUAAUACUAAAAGUAAUAAUAAAAAAGAUUGGAAUUCUGAAAGAGAGAUUAAUACAAUGUUAGACUAA